UAAUGUAAUAGUGAAAGCCCACACGAUUUCCCAUCAGAGACUGCCCUCUGCUCUGUCACAUGGUGCACUGUUGGUUUUCACCCAGGACAAGAGAGGACGGGACAAACAAAACUGGACACAGAGAAAGAUAACACCGAGCUUCACCUUUUCUGACACAAAACCUACCCUGAGCAUCCUUUUCUUUGCCCGGGAGAAUUACUUUUCCCCAAUUUUUGCAUUGUUUUUGUAGCGCUAUGAAGUGAAACUCCGCCAUAUUCAGCCCACCACGCCCGCAGCACAGCUACCAGGGGUAAAGACUCGCAGCUUCACAGUCUACUUAAGUUGUUGCACAAACUUAAUUUCCUCUUCACAGGAGAGGAACAAGGUGAAGUGUUAUCCAGGAGUAAUGACUCUGAGCUACGUGGGUGCUUGCUGCCUCAGCCCAGAGGCCAAAGAGGCUCGCAGGAUCAACGAUGAGAUUGAGAGACAGCUCCGCCGGGACAAGAGGGACUCCCGACGGGAAUACAAGCUCCUUUUGCUCGGAACUGGUGAAAGUGGGAAGAGCACUUUCAUCAAGCAGAUGAGGAUCAUCCAUGGCCGUGGGUACUCUGAAGAGGACAAGAGAGGCUUCACCAGGCUGGUCUAUCAGAACAUCUUCACAGCCAUGCAGGCCAUGAUCCAGGCCAUGAGCGCAUUAAAGAUCCCCUACAAGUACGGAUACAACAAGGAAAACGCCAUUAUUGUCCGUGGGGUUGAUGUGGAAAGAGUCACGACAUUAACAAAGCCUUACGCAGACGCCAUCAAGAGCCUGUGGAGCGACCCAGGGAUUCAGGAAUGUUACAAUCGUAAGAGGGAAUACCAGCUCUCAGACUCAACCAAAUACUAUCUGAAUGACUUGGAACGGAUUUCUGAAAGUGGUUAUCUGCCAACCCAGCAGGAUGUCCUGAGGGUCAGGGUGCCCACAACAGGUAUUAUAGAGUACCCCUUUGACCUGGAGAAUGUGGUGUUCAGGAUGGUGGAUGUGGGUGGCCAGCGUUCAGAGAGGAGGAAGUGGAUUCACUGUUUUGAGGAAGUGACUUCCAUCAUGUUCCUGGUGGCGCUCAGCGAGUACGAUCAGGUCCUUGUUGAGUCCGUCAAUGAGAAUCGUAUGGAGGAAAGCAUGGCCUUGUUCCGGACAAUCAUAACAUACAAGUGGUUCAAAGAUUCCUCCGUCAUUUUGUUCCUCAACAAGAUAGAUUUACUGGAGGAGAAAAUCAUGCACUCACAUUUGGUCGACUACUUUCCCGAGUAUGAUGGUCCCCCGAGGAACGUCAAAGCAGGACAAGAUUUCAUCUUAGAUAUGUUUGUGAGUCUCAACCCGAACGAGAAAAAAAUCAUCUACUCCCACUUCACCUGUGCCACAGACACAGACAACAUUCGAUUUGUGUUCAGCGCGGUGAAGGACCACAUCUUGCAAAUCAACCUGGAGGUCUACAACUUGGUUUAAAACUGUAGUGCUGCUGAUGUAAUUCAAUCGGCUUUGUACAGCUGGCAGACCAGGGAGCUCUGCAGUGAUUCAGUUUGCCUCACACUGCUACUGAACACUAUAAUCCACAACAGGAAAUUGAGAAGCUACAGAGCUUGUAGCCAAAUGACUCUACUACUGAUGUAUUUCAAAUUUCGCUGUUAGGCUCUUUGAAAAUGGAUGUCUCCAGCUAUAAUGAAGUGUGUCCUGACAAUUAAAGUGCUGCCUUAGUGAGGAGUCUAUUAUAGUAUGCACUCUGAAAUUUAUGGAGCUCUUUGUGAACGAUUUCAAGCAGCAACGGUAUAAAUGCACAUGGAUGGAUUGAGAGGGAAAAAAGUAUUUCAAGUGGCCUCAAAAAGCCGCCAAGGACUUGUAAUGUACUGGGUCUCUCCUUCAGGGAAUCUGUGGAAGUGAAUGUAGAACUGCAAUGCAGCACCUCACAUCACUAACCCAAGUUGUUGUUUUUUUUAAGUUAAGAACAGUUUUAAAUAAUCUAAAUGCUUAGUGUGUGUCUUGACUUAAUGGGAAACGAGUAAUAAUUAACACUAAUGACACACUUUAUUAUGUUGGUAUUUGUGCUGCGAUUCUCUUUGUGUGUACCUCACUUGAUUGGGUAUUAUCACUUCAGCCUCAUUUCAAAAGAUUUUGACAUAAUUGUCUGUGAUGGCAUUAUUCAGUCUUAAACCACUUCUUGUGAGCACUGCAUUCAUAUAUUUGUACGUUAUUUCUUUUGUUGUAGAAUCAAGUGUUCAUGCAGUUCAGGGACUAUUUGAUUGGAUUUUAUGUAGUUUUCUUGCCUUAAAAUGAUUUGCUAAAGCAGCCGUAGAACUUGACCCAUUAUUUAUCUGAAUGCCUAUUGUAAAUAUCACACGGUACAUUAAUGGUACGCAUUUUUCACCUUUGCUUGCGUCAAGGUAAGUGUUAAAAGGCUAACUGCUGAAGAGGGAGCCGCUAAGUUCUCUUCUUCAUACGCUGUUAAAGGGUAUUAAAUGCAUGAAUAAAAAGCUAAUGAGAGCGUAUCCUCUGCACUAAUGUUUACACGACCCUUUUCUUCUCAUUAGAAAUAAUUGCAGCCUAGUGUGAACGGUUUAAUUUAUGGUUACAUUUCACUGUCACUGCGAUAUCUUAAUGCAGUCUUAGAGGUUUUUUUUAAUCUGAUUGGAUAAAUAAACAGACAUUUGCUGCUCA